UUGAAGUGGGACUAGAUACAGCUAGUACUUUGAGGAAUAAUGUCGAGGGAACGCAAGAAAGCGGCUGCUCUACAUGAGAAGAUGCAAAUCCUUCGCUCCAUCACUCACUCCCACGCGCUGAGCAAUACUUCCAUAAUCAUGGAUGCGUCGGAGUACAUCAAGGAGCUGAAGCAGAAGGUCGUGAGGCUCAAUCAGGAGAUCGCACGCGAGGAGGAAGCGACGCACUCGCACAAGGACAACUCAUUUCCGACGGUGAGUGUCGAAAGCCUAGGGCAUGGGUUCCUCGUGAACGUGUCCUCCGACAAGAGCUGCCCCGGCCUCCUCGUCUCCGUGCUGGAAGCGUUCGAGGAGCUGGGCCUCACCGUGCUCCAAGCCACGGCGUCUUCCACCGAUACCUUCCGACUGGAAGCGAUGGGAGGAGGAGAGAGCCAGGCCCAUAAUGUGGACGAGGAUGCCGUGAGGGGGGCGGUGCUGCAGGCCAUGAGGAACUGCGGCGCAGACCAAGGGGAUCACUCCGACGAGGAGGAGGAGGACGACGACGAGAGCACGAACAACGUCAUCGACGCGAAGUUCAUGGUUGGCGCGGAGUAG